GUGUUGUACCUGCACAGUUUAGGUCAGUAUCUGACUGUGAGUAAAGGAGGAACUGUGUGUCUGCGGGACAGAGAGGACAUGUCCCUCCUGCACACACAUCGACUGCAAAACAGCACGGUCUCACCCAAAGACCUCUGGGUAACGGACAUGGUGCUGCUGCACAACGUACACAAGAUAGCUGUGUCUUUCACAAGUAAGGAGGUUUGUUUCUACGACAUUCUGUCACACCAGGACUUCAGGUGCAAGUAUAAACUCCAGGGUUUGAGGUUUACUCCCUGGUGUUUGGAUUACUGGGUGGAUCCCUCUGACCCAGACCAGGCCGUCCUCACCAUAGGAGACAUCGGAGGACAGGUCAGUGCUUUAUAUUUCACCUCAGCUCAGAUCUCUUUGUUUGAGAGACUUAAUGUGAGGACGGACUCAGAUUCAGCAGACAUCAUCCAAUGGGACGAGCUGGUGAGAGGAAAGCAUCGCUCCUGUUACACUGUGACACACCGAGCACACACACCUUCCUGGGUCAGGAAAG